UAAAGGUUUAGGAUUUGCGCCAAGUAGCACUUAACAUAUAUUCCGUACAUCAGACUGGGAUAUCAUUUAAUAACCAUGGCAAAUAAGGCAGACCCCGGAAUGAAAUACGAGCACUGUAUAGCCAAUGAUGGCUGCACUCUCGCCUUUCAAACCUCGCUACCAGUUAAAGAGAAAGCGACAUCCGAAGCUCGCUACGAGCGGUGCAUCCUCUUGAUGCAUGGGUUCAGCGGUUCGAGCGCAUAUUUUACGCGUAAUUUCGAGACCCUGAGUCGUAAUUACUGGGUCGUCGCCCCGGACAUGCGGGGUCACGGAAAUUCCAGUCGGCCGCUCGGGGGUUAUCAUGUAGCCCGUCUAGCUGUUGAUCUGCGAGCCUUGGUUACUCAUUUGAAAGACUCCUUAACCCUUACCAAGGCGGUAAAGAUUGUGCCCGUCGGAUGUUCAAUCGGCGCUGCGGUCCUCUGGACUUACGUUGAGCUCUUUGGGUGCGACGACUUCAGCGGGUUUGUGUUCGUCGAUCAGGGGCCAUUGCAAGAUCGCUCGCCCUUUGGCAACUGGGACGCGUCGAAAUCCCACUUGGGCUGUUAUGACGAGCAGACCAUGCAAGCUGCGCAGCGGGAGUGGAUACAUGAUUCAGUCAAUGCGCAUCUAGGUCUAGUACAGUCUUGCUUGGGAUACCGACAUGCGCCGGAGCCGGCUACCGACGAUUUGUCGGAUGAACGACGGCGGCGCGACGAGGAAUUCUUUACGCGCAUUAGCGCACAGUGUGACCAAACUUGGCUAGCGAAGCUGCUGGCCGACCACACGCGCUACGAUCACCGUGAAGCUAUCGGGGAUAUCACCUUACCUACUCUGGUCAUGGCAGGUCGAAGAACGGGUUGUUUCCCUCUCGAAGGCAUGAAGGAGACCGUAAGGCAAAUCGAGUCGAAACGCCCUGGAACAGCAAAGAUGUCAAUAUUCGACUCUGGCCACUGGCUGUUCUACGAAGAGCCGGAGAGAUUCAACAAUGAGAUCGCCGAGUUUGCACAGAUACAUUGUGGGUGAGGUAGAUCAUAUCAUGAUGUGGAACCAGAAUACAUGAAAACUUCGCUGUUCCGCAAUGGACUCUGAACCUGGCUAUGGAAGUCCGCGACAAAAGAUACCGCGAGUAUCUUUCGUUCCAGAUGUCUCAUUCAGAAUUCUAACAGAUCACGGAUUAUUCAAUUAUGCUUCAAGACAUAGCAUGAAAUCUACAAUCAAGGUAGAAAUCCAGGUCAAAUUAACAAACAACAGCUUUGAUAUG